AUGAGAAAAUAUCAGGCUGUCCUGUCCCUGCUUUUUGCCAUCAACGAGAUCAACAAGAAUCCCAAACUCUUGCCCAAUGUCAGCCUUGGAUUUCACAUCUAUGACAAUUUCUUUCAUUCAAAAACUACACAUGAAGUCAUCCUGGAUCUACUUUUUACACAGCAAAGGCAUGCACCUAACUAUAAGUGUGAUAGGGAAAAUGGUGCACUUUCUGUUAUUGGGGAGUUCCCCACUGGAAGCAUGAUUGAGAUAGCCAGCAUUUUCAACACCUACAAGAUUCCUCAGUUUACUUAUGGUACACAUAAGAGUUCAUUCUGUGGGAAAACUGGAUCUCUGUCUUUGCACUGCAUCUCACCAAAAGAAUCCACUCAUCACAUGGGCAUUGUCCAGCUGCUUCUGCAUUUCCAGUGGAGAUGGGUUGGUCUCAUUAUUUCAGACGAUGAUGAAGGAGAAAGCUUUUUCCAGAACUUCACACCUGUCCUUGCCCAGAAUAACAUUUGUGUUGCUUUUCUGCAUAAGCACAUAUUAAAGAUCGACCUUCUUGAGAAACACCGACUUGCAUUCCUUUUAACUAAAGUCAAUGUGAUCAUUCUCCAGGAAACCUCUCACUUAAUCUGUGUCUUAACAAUCCAGCUAGUUGUUUUUGAAUCCAUCACCAAGAUCUAUAUAGGAAAGGUUUGGAUUUUGCCACCUCAAUGGUAUUUCAGCACCUCAAGGCCUGGGGUACUUAUUGGUGCACAAUAUUUUCAGGGUGCUUUGUCCUUCAGUACCAGCACUAAAAGUGUGCCAGGAUUUUUGGACUUUCUUCAGAACUUCAAACUAGAUGAAUCAAUGAAGCAGUUUCUCUGUUUGUUCUGGCAAGAUGCCUUCAACUGUCAUCUGUCCAGUGAAAGUCAUGGACAAUUUGAAAAAUGUACAGGAAAUGAAAAGUUGGAGAGUCUUUCUAUAAGGAGGUUUGAGAUGGAUAUGAAUGGUCAGAGCUAUGCAAUCUACAAUGCUGUCUAUGCUGUGGCUCAUGCUUUACAUUUCAUGUACUUAUCCAAACAAGGAAUCAUGUCACAUAGAGGCAAGUUCCAGGAUUUGAAUGUUCAGCCAUGGCAGCUUCACUCUUCCCUGGAAAAUAUCUAUUUUAACAAUGGAGCUUUGCAUGAAAUCCUGUUCGAAAGUGGAGAAUUAUCUAUUGGGUAUGAUAUCAUCAACUGGGUCACUUUUCCUAAUCAAUCAUUCCUUGAAGUCAAGGUUGGAAAAAUUUUACCAAGUCAUGAGUUCUUCAUCAGGGAGGACACCAUUGUGUGGAGUAACAGAUUGCAACAGAUGCCGCCACAAUCCAAAUGUGUUGAGAGCUGCCAGUUUGGGCACAGCCAGAUAAUUCAGGAAGGGAAAUCACCUUGUUGCUAUGAUUGUGCACCAUGCCCUGAAAACAUGAUUUCUAAUAGCACUGAUGCAGUUUACUGUGUCAAGUGCCCCGAGGAUCAGUAUCCAAACAAAAACCGAGACCAAUGCAGUCAAAAGGUCAUCACUUUCCUAUCCUACCAAGAGCCUUUGGGAACAGUUUUACUUUCUGUUGCUUUUUCCUUUUCUGCGAUCACAUGUUUGGUGGUGCAGAUCAUCCUGAAGAACUGGAAUACACCCAUCAUCACAGUGAACAACCGGCACUUGACCUGCGUUCUUCUCAUCUGCAUUCUGCUUUGCUAUCUUUCUUGCCUGUUCUUCAUUGGCAAACCAAUCAAGGAGACCUGCCUCAUACGACAAAUGACUUUUGGCAUAUCUUUUUCUGUAUCUGUUUCUUGUGUGUUGGCAAAAACAAUUAUAGUGGUCCUGGCUUUCGAGGCCACAAAUCCAGGCAAUAGGUUGAGAAAAUUCCUAGGGAAAAGUGUGGCUAACUUCAUUGUUCUUUCCUGCUCCCUCAUUCAGGUGGCCAUUUGUAUUGCGUGGGCAUCCACCACUCCUCCUUUCCUACAUGCUGACAUGCACUCACAGGCUGAGCAGAUCAUACUUGAAUGUAAUGAUGGUUCAGUCACCAUGUUCUUCAGUGUCUUGGGCUACAUGGGUUUUCUGGCCAUCAUCAGCUUUAUUGUAGCUUUCUUAGCCAGAAAAUUGCCAGACACUUUCAAUGAAGCCAAGUUCAUCACCUUCAGCAUGCUGGUGUUUUGCAGCAUUUGGAUCUCUUUCCUUCCAGCUUACCUGAGCACUAAAGGAAAGCAUAUUGUGGCUGUAGAGAUUUUUGCCAUCUUGGCUUCUAACAGUGGGCUAUUGACUUGCAUCUUUUUCCCCAAAUGUUACAUAAUUAUUCUAAGACCUGAUCUCAAUUCCAGGAAGUUGAUAAUAGAGAGGAGGAGUUAA